UUUCGUUUCCCGGUUCUUGUCCAAAGCCAGUCACAUCGAGGAACUCUGAAUGCACAAGAUCAAAAAAUACGUGGCAGUCCAACCUCAUCGGGUUUUUGGCGAGCCGAAGAAGAUGUCACGAAUAUCACAGUACAAAUCCACAGCACGUAGAUUUUGCUCGUCCGAAGCGUUUGCGGAGGAUUUCAAGAAAAAUCAUGUGCAAUUAUCAGUUCUACAACGAACAGUUCUAUCGGCUGGUGCCGCAGUUAUAUCAUUGGCCAAUCCUUUUCGUGGAGACAUGAUCGCUUGCCUUGGUGAAACAACUGGGCAAAAUGCUCUUGUACAUUGUCUGAAAGAAAUGCAAUCUUCACCGGAAGGGCAACGGAUUCUAGAGCAAAGACCUCGUAUUAAUUCAUCGACCAUUGAUAUACCUGCCCUGAAACGUCUGCCUGAUGAAACGCUUGGAAAAUGUUAUUAUAAUUUUUUGGAACACAAUGAAGUUACUCCGGAUUCAAGAGCUCCUGUAAAAUUUAUCAAUGACAUAGAGCUUGCCUACGUUAUGCAGAGAUACAGAGAAGUACAUGAUAUCUACCAUGCGGCUUUAUCAAUGCCGACUACAAUGCUCGGCGAAGUUACCGUCAAAUGGGUUGAAGCCCUGCAAACUCACCUGCCGAUGUGCAUAUCAGGGGCAUUAUUUGGAGCAAUGAGACUGCGCCCGAGGCAAAGAAAAAAUUAUGUCGAUCAUUACUUACCUUGGGCAUUGAGUACGGGGUCAAACGCUAAAUUUUUACUUGGUGUUUAUUUUGAAGAACGUUGGGAGCAGCCGCUAAAGGAAUUUCACAAAGAAAUGAACAUCUCUCCGCUUGUCAUUUAAAUGAAAUGAGUCUGACGACAAUUGUAAAUAAUGUGUAUAGAGUUAUCCACGUAGUGAACUUCAUAACAAUGGAAGGUAAUUUUAAUCAUAAAUGAUAGUAAGUAAUAAAUAAUAUCUCACAAUACACUGUGUAACAACUUUUUUUUUUAUUGAUUAUAACACUGGAAAUAUGAAGAAUAUAAUUUUCAAUUGGAUAUGAUAAUUCAUGUUAUACAAAGUUAGAUUACAGAUGUACAUAUAAUAAUUACGAAUUGGUUUUUUUUUGUUUUCUCUCUUUUUGUUAUCCAUAAAAAUUGUUGAGGAUAAAUAUCUAAAUGAAUAAUAACGUUUGUUAACUAAUUUGAAAAAAUCAUUCAUCAAUUUCAAUUUCAUACAGAGAAUAUGUAGAUGUGCUUACAACCUUAUUGGUUUACGUUGCUAUUUAUAAAUCAUUUUCUGCUCCUUAUCCCUUAACGGAUUAGCAUCGACGAUGAGAUUUUUAACGCUUAAUUUGAAGAAAAAUAAAAUAAAUUCCUUAUCGAACCACAACAAAAUUAAUUGCAUACAAGUACAUAAUAUUGGAGUGUAUAGUAUGUUAUCAUCGAACCUAUUUUCAAACAUACCUCAGGAUUAUUUAUCUUUUUUUUCAGAUUCUCAACGCUACAUUCCAUUUGUUAACUCUUUGCUUAUCAAACAUACAUUCGACGUAUUUUUAUAUGUAUAGGAUUUUUAUCAACUGCCUCAACUUUUUAGUCUUCCUAAUUCGUAAUUUGGCGCAAAGUGGAAUUUAUUCAUUUUUUUUACCUUAGUUUUUUUCCCCUAGGAUUCUAAAAACGAUUUAACAAAACAAUUGACGUCUCUCAAUUUUUAUUUCAAAUUUGGCAACUUGGGUAAUAUUAGAUUCAAAUUUUAACGAAUUUAAUUUCGUAAAACACUUUCAAUGGAACAUUUUUGUGCACAGCAAGAGAAUGUUGACAGUGAAAUGACACAGAAAACUUAAACGUACGUACACAUUUUAAUGAUUAUUGCUGAUAUGUAUAUCUUACGUUUGUAAAAGUUUAUAUAGUUUUGAAAUGUAGUAGCAAGGGAACGAUACUUUAAAUAAUUAAGGUUAUUAUAUUGUU